GCUUGUAAUUUGUUGCAGCUCUCGCUCCCAGCUGAUAGGGUGACGUGGAGUUUGGAGGCUCGCAGAUUGGCUUUUUGAUUUGGCUUCUUGCUGCAGUUGUGCAAACCUCGCUGGCUCCUAGGAACCCGGCUCAGCGCCUUGCCGUGCUCCGUAAUGCUGGGAAGCCUGGACGGAGCCCCGGUGGCGUGAGAGCGGGAGCGGGGGAAGCCCGGCACAUUCAGUGGCAAUCUGGGGUACAAUCCAUUUUCUCUUUCCCCCUCCCUCGACCCCCGUUCAUCUCCAUCCUCCUCCCCCUCCGCCAGACCUCCCUUCCCUCCCCAAACUCCACCGCACGGAGCUGAAGAUCAAGGCUGGUGGAUUUAUCAACAUUUUACAUCCACCCCUCACCCCCUUUUCCAGAUGCACCUCCCCGCUCACCCUGACAGCUGCAAAAGAGAGCACAGGUUUUGUAGCGAGCAAGGCAACUUGGACUGACAUGCAAAGGCGAACCCCCCCAUGCCCGCACGCACCGUCGGUGAAUCACCGGGAGAUGCGAUGAGCUCCCGUUAGGAACCGGAAGGAUUUGUACUGGGGAGAGAGCGGAGCCCCCACCUCCCCCAGCCCGACCCUCCAAAAAAGUCAGGAAAGCAAGCAGAAGGGUUCUCGGCCUUUUUGGAUCUACACAGUGGAAAUUGCAUCUUGUGUAUGGCGUGGUUAAGCUUGCAGCCUGUCACCUCGGCCUUCCUCCAUUUUGGGCUGGUUACUUUUGUGCUGUUUUUGCAUGGUUUGCAGGUGGAUGCUGGCCUGACGGGAGACUCAACCAGUUCAGUACAAAACAGCUCGUGUUCAGGAUCUUUUGACUGCAAGGAAGGUGUUAUCCUGCCAAUAUGGUACCCAGAAAACCCAUCCCUUGGGGACAAAAUUGCUCGUGUUAUUGUAUACUUUGUAGCACUGAUCUACAUGUUCCUUGGAGUCUCCAUCAUUGCAGAUCGUUUCAUGGCAUCUAUAGAGGUCAUUACAUCACAAGAAAAAGAAAUAACGAUUAAGAAACCCAAUGGAGAAACCACAACGACCACCAUUCGGAUUUGGAAUGAAACUGUUUCCAACUUGACCCUCAUGGCUCUGGGCUCCUCUGCUCCUGAGAUCCUUCUGUCUCUGAUAGAAGUGUGUGGGCAUGGAUUCGUAGCUGGAGACCUGGGGCCAUCUACAAUUGUUGGCAGCGCUGCUUUCAAUAUGUUUAUCAUCAUUGCCAUCUGUGUCUAUGUGAUCCCUGAUGGGGAAACCAGAAAGAUAAAACACCUGAGGGUUUUCUUUGUCACAGCUGCUUGGAGCAUCUUUGCUUACAUCUGGUUGUACAUGAUCCUGGCUGUCUUCUCUCCAGGUGUGGUUCAGGUCUGGGAAGGUCUGCUCACACUUUUCUUCUUCCCACUUUGUGUCCUUCUGGCUUGGGUAGCAGAUAGACGUCUGCUUUUCUACAAGUAUAUGCACAAAAAGUACCGUACUGACAAGCACAGGGGCAUUAUCAUAGAAUCAGAAGGUGAUCACCCUAAGGGAAUUGAGAUGGAUGGCAAGAUGUUGAACUCUCACUUUCUAGAUGGAAACUUAGUGACUGUGGAGGGGAAGGAGGUAGAUGAAUCUCGCAAAGAGAUGAUCCGUAUCCUUAAGGACCUGAAGCAAAAGCACCCAGAAAAGGACUUGGACCAGCUGGUAGAGAUGGCUAACUACUAUGCCUUGUCUCAUCAGCAAAAGAGCAGAGCCUUUUAUCGCAUUCAAGCUACCAGAAUGAUGACAGGAGCUGGCAAUAUUCUGAAGAAGCACGCAGCUGAGCAAGCCAAGAAGAGCACCAGCUUGCAUGAGGUGCAGCCAGAUGAACCUGAGGAAUUCAUCUCCAAAAUUUAUUUUGACCCAUGCUCCUACCAGUGUCUUGAGAACUGUGGUGCUGUUCUCCUGACAGUGGUGCGGAAAGGAGGGGACAUGUCCAAGACCAUCUAUGUGGACUAUAAAACAGAGGAUGGCUCUGCCAAUGCUGGUGCUGACUAUGAGUUCACAGAGGGGACUGUUGUCUUGAAAUCAGGGGAGACCCAGAAGGAGUUCUCAGUGGGAAUUAUUGAUGAUGACAUCUUUGAGGAAGAUGAGCAUUUCUUUGUGCGGCUCAGUAACCUCCGUGUGGUGGAGACUGAGGAACCGCCAGAGCUCAGUAACUCCCCAUACCCAAAGGCCAUAUUGGCUUCUCCUUGUGUGGCCACAGUGACCAUACUGGAUGAUGACCAUGCUGGCAUCUUCACAUUUGAGUGUGAUGUUAUACACGUCAGUGAGAGCAUUGGUGUGAUGGAAGUCAAAGUCCUAAGGACAUCAGGUGCUCGGGGUACAGUUAUAGUGCCAUUUAGAACAGUAGAAGGGACAGCAAAAGGAGGUGGAGAAGACUUUGAAGACACCUAUGGGGAGCUGGAGUUCAAGAAUGAUGAAACCGUCAAAACAGUUCACAUCAAGGUAAUUGAUGAUGAGGAGUAUGAAAAAACCAAGAAUUUCUUCAUUGAGCUGAUGAGUCCCCGCAUGGUGGAUAUGAGUUUACAAAAAGCCUUGCUGCUCACCCAAGAGGUGGCUGAGAGGAAGCUGACAGUUGAAGAGGAGGAAGCCAAGAGGAUUGCAGAGAUGGGCAAGCCAAUACUCGGCGAGCAUCCCAAACUAGAGGUCAUCAUUGAGGAGUCCUACGAGUUCAAGAACACUGUGGACAAGCUGAUUAAGAAGACAAACCUGGCUUUGGUUGUAGGGACACAUUCCUGGAGGGACCAGUUCAUGGAGGCCAUUACCGUCAGCGCAGGUGAUGAGGAUGAGGAUGAGUCUGGUGAGGAGCGCCUGCCAUCCUGCUUUGACUAUGUGAUGCACUUCCUGACCGUCUUCUGGAAGGUGCUGUUUGCCUGCGUGCCCCCCACUGAGUACUGCAACGGCUGGGCCUGCUUCAUUGUCUCCAUCCUCAUCAUUGGCAUGCUCACAGCUGUCAUCGGUGACCUCGCCUCCCACUUCGGCUGCACCAUUGGCCUCAAGGACUCAGUGACUGCCGUCAUCUUUGUCGCCUUUGGCACUUCUGUACCAGACACGUUCGCCAGCAAAGCCGCAGCCAUUCAGGAUCUGUAUGCCGAUGCCUCCAUCACCAACGUCACAGGCAGCAAUGCUGUCAACGUCUUCUUGGGCAUCGGGCUAGCAUGGUCAGUGGCAGCAAUCUACUGGGCGUCGCAGGGGCAGGAGUUCCAGGUGUCAGCGGGCACCCUGGCCUUCUCUGUCACCCUCUUCACCAUCUUCGCCUUCAUCUGCAUCAGUGUCCUCCUCUACCGCCGGCGGCCCCACCUCGGGGGGGAGCUGGGUGGCCCCCGGGGGUGCAAGCUGGCCACGACAUUUCUCUUCGUCAGCCUCUGGCUGCUGUACAUCCUCUUCGCCACCCUGGAGGCCUAUUGCUACAUCAAGGGGUUUUAGGCAGUGGAAGGACGGUGCCUCCAGGGGGAGGGACACCCCUCCUCCAUUACCUCACUGGACACCGGUCCUGGAAGCAUGGUUUCAUGGGAGGCGACGGCUGCCCGUCGAAGGCUGCCACUGCCCAGGCGGUCACACAGCUGGGUGCCAAGAAGGGCAAACCCAUCACAACGUGAAAGAACAACCAAACAGACAAAACCCACCCAAAAUGAUACAAAAGGAAAGGAAGCAACAAUGGCAAGUGUUGAAAUAAAACAAACCACAAUAAACCCAGCCACUGACCCCGCUCAGUGAGAUGACCUAGCCUCAGCCAUCUCUGAAGGCCAUCUCCCCACAGGGGCUUGUCUCCUUUCCUCCCAAGCACCCCUCUGCUGUAAGGAGAUGUUUUCUUAUUUUCACUAGUUGGGAAUUGCAGAAGUCUGAUGAGGAAUUUGUGGGUUUUUU